GAAUUCGUGUUUAAUUGAAAUUUAGGAACUAGUUCAGUUGCUUUUUAAUUACAUUACAAUUGAAAUGAUAAAUUGAGGAAAACCGCACACUAGUUACUGGGGAACAGUUUAAAUAAAUAAAAUAGCAGUAAAAUGAAUCAUGAAGUUCAUCAGAAGCAAGAAUCUAAGAGUGCCAGCAACAGGGAGCCGCAGAUAGACCUCUUCAGUAUAAUCGGAGGUAGUUGGCCUCCCCCACCAAAAGAACCAGAAAAACCAAAAUAUGGAACAUUGCCACAAAGUCCUAAAAGAACUAUGCAGCGAACACCUCAAAACGAAAGAGUGAAAUCAGUUAAUUUGAUCAAUCAUCUUGCACCAGAUAGGCGAAGGAAACCGACAACAUCAAACUAUUCCAUUACUAGUGAAACAACCAAUCAGUACACCAAAAUGGUGCAUGAUACAAAGAAGAUUGAAACUGGAAUCCUUGUAGACGUAUGCAGCAAUGAAGCCCCUGAAGAAUUGUAUGAUACUCCAUCGUUGGGUUCUCCGAGAGCCGCCCAGCAGUCUCGGCCGCAACCUCAGGCACAAUCACCUUUGCAUUUGCAAGAGGAUAUAGGAGUUGGUUCCUUAGUGGAGGUGGCGACAGAUGUUGAUCAACAUCACUAUGGUGUCGUGAGAUGGAUCGGAGUUAUAGAUGACACGGCAACAGCGGGCGUGGAGCUGGAGCAGAACGUGUGCGGGCUGGGCGACGGGUCGCGCCACGGGCAGCGGCUGUUCGCGUGCGCGGCGGGGCGCGCGCUGUUCGUGCCGCUGGCGCUGUGCCGCCGCGACGCGCGCUUCCGCGACACGCCGCCGCCCGACCGCGCGCGAGCGCACCACGCGGAACACUUCGAUCAGCCUGACUGUCCCGUGGUUCCCGGUGUGGUUCCACCGUUAAACUCGCUCGGAGAACUAGCGGGGAAGAACCGCGGGAUUCAAGGACAUCACAACUCCUGCUAUCUCGACGCAACCCUAUUCGCUAUGUUCACAUUCACUAGUGUGUUUGAUGCACUCUUAUAUCGACCGCCCGAACCAGAGGAUUCUCCCCACUACUCCGAAGUACAGCAAGUGUUACGUGAAGAGAUAGUGAAUCCACUCCGUCGCCAUGGUUACGUACGCGCCGAUAGAGUUAUGAAACUGCGCACUCUAUUGGAGCGGCUCUCUGACGUACCUGGACUUACUUCGGAGGAAAAGGACCCAGAAGAAUUUUUAAACGGUUUGGUAGCACAACUAUUAAGAGCAGAACCAUUCUUGAAACUAUCAUCGGGCCAAGAGUCAUACUGUUAUCAGCUUUUUGUAGAAAAAGACGAACAUGUUACAUUACCCAGCGUACAACAGUUGUUGGAGCAGUCCUUCGCCACUUCUGGAGUCAAACUGAGCGAGGUUCCAGCAGCGUUUAUAAUCCAAAUGCCAAGGUUUGGGAAAAAUUAUAAGCUGUAUCAAAGAGUUCUACCGUCACCACUUCUGGACGUAACAGAUCUAAUUGAAGGAUUACCCCGUCAAUGCAGUGUAUGUGGCGGUCUAGCGCGCUGGGAGUGCAGCGCGUGCGCAGCGGGAGGCGCGGUCGAUUCCGGCGCACUGUGUAAUUCAUGUCUGCGGUUGGCACAUGCUACUCGCUCGCAUAAGGCAACACCAUUGUCGAUUUGUGAAGAGUACGCCAACAUUUUGGAGUCUUGUCCCGUACCUAGAGUUUAUAUGGAGUUAUUUGCAGUAUUAUGUAUAGAAACAAGCCAUUAUGUCGCUUUUGUCAAGACUGGCGUUGCACAUGAUGCUCCGUGGUGUUUCUUCGAUUCUAUGGCUGAUAGAAAAGGCGAGCGCAACGGCUACAACAUACCCGAGAUAGUGGAGAUCGACGAGCUCGGCGCGUGGCUCAGCGAUGAAGGCGGUCGGGCACUACACGCGGCCGCACCACAUGACCGCCAACUACCCGCACCCGCCAAGCGCUUACUAGCCGACGCGUACAUGUGCUUCUAUAGGAGCCCCGACGUCGCUAUGUACAGAUAGACGUGUGGUUGUGGGCGGUGACGUCACUGCGUACGAGCAGCUCACCGGCUGCCCGUACCCAAGCGCUUACUAGCCGACGCGUACAUGUGCUUCUAUAUGAGCCCCGACGUCGCUAUGUAUAGAUAGACGUGUGGCUAUGGGCGGUGACGUCACUGUGUACGAGCAGCUCGCCGGCUUGCCGCUCGACCGCCAGCUACCCGCACCCAAGCGCUUACUAGCCGACGCGUACAUGUGCUUCUAUAGGAGCCCCGACGUCGCUAUGUACAGAUAGACGUGUGGUUGUGGGCGGUGACGUCACUGUGUACGAGCAGCUCGCCGGCUUGCCGCUCGACCGCCAGCUACCCGCACCCAAGCGCUUACUAGCCGACGCGUACAUGUGCUUCUAUAGGAGCCCCGACGUCGCUAUGUACAGAUAGACGUGUGGUUGUGGGCGGUGACGUCACUGUGUACGAGCAGCUCGCCGGCUUGCCGCUCGACCGCCAGCUACCCGCACCCAAGCGCUUACUAGCCGACGCGUACAUGUGCUUCUAUAGGAGCCCCGACGUCGCUAUGUACAGAUAGACGUGUGGUUGUGGGCGGUGACGUCACUGCGUACGAGCAGCUCACCGGCUGCCCGUACCCAAGCGCUUACUAGCCGACGCGUACAUGUGCUUCUAUAGGAGCCCCGACGUCGCUAUGUACAGAUAGACGUGUGGCUAUGGGCGGUGACGUCACUGUGUACGAGCAGCUCGCCGGCUUGCCGCUCGACCGCCAGCUACCCGCACCUACAUGUGCUUCUAUAGGAGCCCCGACGUCGCUAUGUACAGAUAAACGUGUGGUUGUGGGCGGUGACGUCACUGUGUACGAGCAGCUCGCCGGCUUGCCGCUCGACCGCCAGCUACCCGCACCCAAGCGCUUACUAGCCGACGCGUACAUGUGCUUCUAUAGGAGCCCCGACGUCGCUAUGUACAGAUAGACGUGUGGUUGUGGGCGGUGACGUCACUGUGUACGAGCAGCUCGCCGGCUUGCCGCUCGACCGCCAGCUACCCGCACCCAAGCGCUUACUAGCCGACGCGUACAUGUGCUUCUAUAGGAGCCCCGACGUCGCUAUGUACAGAUAGACGUGUGGUUGUGGGCGGUGACGUCACUGUGUACGAGCAGCUCGCCGGCUUGCCGCUCGACCGCCAGCUACCCGCAUCCAAGCGCUUACUAGCCGACGCGUACAUGUGCUUCUAUAGGAGCCCCGACGUCGCUAUGUACAGAUAGACGUGUGGUUGUGGGCGGUGACGUCACUGUGUACAGAUAGGCUGAUGGGGGCUGCUGAUAAUAGAACAGUGACGUCACUAAGUGCAGAUAGACUGAUGAGAUCUGCAGCUUCUGGUACUGAUCACCAUAUACUGGUUGCUGGAGAUUCGACGUCGCUUCUUUCUGAAGGCUGCUGUGUGUGAACUUUGAUCAAUGAAGUGACUUUUGCAUAAUUAUAGAACUUAGAAGACAGCUAUGUUAUAAUACCUCUAUAUGGGGGGAAUGAGUAAGGUAAAUGAUGUUGAAUAAAUUUUUUGUAACAAAACCCCAACAUUCUUAAAAUGGAUACGCAUUAUAAAUUUAGUAGUAAAGCCUGAACCGGAACUCGUUAAUGCCUGUAGCUACUUCUGGGAUUGACUUUAGCUAUAUUAUUUUAAAAAACUAUUUUAUAUCUAUUUGGGGGCAAUAUCAAUGCAAUUUCUUCACUCAUACAUAAUUUGAUACUUGUAGAAAAGACAGUUCACUUUGAGAGUUUAUAAAUUAUGUAGGAUAGCCUCACGUGUCUCAGUGCAAAAUAAAACUUGUUAAAUCUGUAAAUCGUGUGAAUACACAAUAAUUGAAAACAACAGAAUGAUAUUUGCAUAAUAUAUUACAGAUAAAAAAUAUAUUCAUCACAUUUUUCUAAUCUUAUUUCGACUACUAGUAUCUAAGAUUUCAUCAAUACAUUUGUAAAUAUCAAUUUAUCAUAUUAUAUUAUCUAUAAAAAUAAUGAGUUAUACUUUAAUAACAUAAUAUGGCAGUAUUGUGUUUAAUACAUUUAUGUAUAUUAAAUUAGUAAAAAAAGUAUGAUAGACUUAAAGGGCUUUAAAUUAAAAUAUAACAAAUGCAUUUUGUUACAUAAUAUAUCUGCCGUUGAAUAUUAUCACUAUAGCAUUAAAAUAUUAUUUAUUAUUUAUGAAUGAUUUAAUUUAAUACAGAGAAAUAAAUUAUAUUCACUCAUUAA